AUGGAGGCCGCGGCGGCGGCGGCCUCCGACGAAACCCUAGCCGCUGUCUUCGCCCAGCUCAAGCCCCACACAAUCGCCCUCCUCGACGUCCUCCGCAGCCGCUCCCCCGCCUCCAAUUCCGCCGCCGCCUCCUCCCUCCGCGCCAUGGCCGCCUUCCUCCGCUCCGUCCCUGCCCCCGCCUUGCAGCCCUGCUUCGACUAUACGGCGUUUCCAUUGCUCAUGCUCCUAGAUGCAGCGGUGCAGUGCAGGAAGGAAGGCAAGGCAGCAGGGCAGGGUGUCGGGGAGCUCGACAUCACGGAUGCCAUCGCCGAAGGUGGGCUCGCUUGCCUUGAGUUGCUCCUCACCAAGUGCCGCCUCACCUCGCUCAAUCAGAUGGUCGCGUUGCUGAAAAAGUUGACAUCUGGGGCAAUACUCUCACCUACGGAGGCUUCUGAAGAAUUCCGCCUAGGCAUUGUAAGAUGCUUCAGAGCCAUGAUUCUGCAGCUGCAAUCAUGCUCGGAUAAGUCCUGUUCGUGUAAUCAAGCAACUGUAUUACCUACGACCCCAAUCAUUCUAAGUUCGGAAAUUGGUAGUGUGGUUCAUCCAAAGCAUUCUGCAAAACCAGAGGAGUGCUUGCUUGCAUUCCUCCGAUCGGAAAAUGCUUCACCUGCUGUCGGACAUUGGCUUUCACUUCUUCUACAGUCAUCAGAGUUUGAGGCAUCAAGAGGACACCGUGGCAGCGCAGGUGUUAGAAAGGAAUCAUUGCUCGCAUUGCGCGUUCUUAUUGCCAAGGUAGGUUCUGCUGAUGCACUUGCCUUUUUCCUUCCUGGUAUCGUCAGUCGUCUUGGAAAGCUUCUCUACACAUCUAAGACAAUGAUUAGCGGUGCUGCUGGGAGUGCUUUGAGCAUUGAGCAAGCCAUUCUUGGAUUGACUGAGGCUUUGAUGAUAGUCCUAUGUGACAAGGAAAAUUUCAGUGCACUUGAUAUUCCUAGUGACAGUAGUUCUGCCCAAUGUUCUGGUGGCAGUGGUUCUAGUGACCAUGUAUUGCAGAAGCUUCGCCAGUUGCCAACCAAAACGUUUUCUGAACAGACAGGCAAUUCUGAAACUACAGAAGACACUACCUCUGAUAUCAGUAAUAACUCUGCUGAUAGAAGAGCACUGCAUGUAAAACGCACAAGAAAAUGGCUCAAGGAAACAGCAACUAAUGUUGGCAAAUUGUUUACAGAGACAUUUCCACAUCUUUCUGUUCACUCAUCUGAGAAAGUAAGGAGGUCGGUGGUUAUUGGUGUAAGGGGGCUGUUGUCUAGUUGCAGCCUCACAUUAAUGAGAAGCAAGAUGUUACUUGUGGAGUGCUUAUGUGUUCUAGCAUGUGAUGAUGCGGCAACUGUGUCUGAGGCUGCACAAGAUUCUCUUGAUUAUCUUUUCAUGAAGGGUCAACAUUUUCUAUCAGGAAAUGAGGUUUCUGAUAUAUUUACCAGGUUGCUUGAAAAGUUACCGCAAGUGGUACUUGGAAGCGAGGAGAUCACUGCCCUUUCUCAUGCCAGGAAACUGUUGGCUCUAACUUUCUAUGCCGGCCCUCAGUUUCUGAUGAAUCACCUUCAUCGCUCUCCUGUUGUUGCUGCUCGCUUCUUCGAUUGUUUGGGUUUAUGCAUUAGUCAUAGCUCACAGUUUUCUGGUUCCAUGGACAAGCUGAUUGUAUCAAAGCCACUAUCUGUUGGAUAUCUGUAUUCAGUUGCUGAGUUAAAGAAUGGAGCCUAUGUUAAUGAUACAAGUCACAGUUCUCACUCUCAGUAUGCAACGUCUUCAUCUGCAGGCCCAAAAAUAUCUGUUAUUGGGGACAAUGGUUUGCCAAAUGCAAUAAAUGGUACAGUUGAAUAUGAGCUCCCCCAUGUACCUUCAUGGUUUGUUCAUGCAAGUAGCCAGAGGCUAUACUCCGCUCUGGCAGGAAUCAUAAGGCUGGUUGGUCUUUCAACAGUUUCAGGGCAAGGAACCAGUGCAUCUUUAUCUGUUUUUGUUGAUAUUCUACUCAAUCAGUUCCGGAGGUUAAGCACUGAGCUGCGCGCUGAAGACACUCACAGAUAUGGUGUGCAGAGGUGGUACAUGAAGAGUGAUUCUGGACAAAAACUGCGCCAGGCAAGCUCUGCUGUUUGCAUGCUCAAUGAGCUCAUAUAUGGUCUGUCAGAUCAGUCUCUCUCUGUGUGUUUGCAAUUAUUCAACAAGAGUUCAGCACAAGUGGUAAGGGUACCUGGUCAAAAUGACCACUUAACUUCAAGUGGUCUACAUAGCGGAGUAAGAGAAGUUUGGAAGAUAAGUGAGCGAAUGGACACUGAAGACGAUAUUAUUCACUGUAUUGGUAGUAUACUACAUGAGUAUAUGUCUCCGGAAGUGUGGGAUCUUCCAACAGAACAGAACUCUGAGCUAUGCCUAGCAGAACUUAAUGUUCCAAUGCAUUUCUUCCGUGAUACAACUGCACUACAACAAGUAAUGCUUGACGGGAUUGGGGUCUUUGGUAUUAUUCUUCAUCAAGAUUUUGCACAGAGUGGGUUUAUGCACUCUUCACUUUAUCUUCUACUCCGGAAACUUAUCAGCUCAAGUGCGCAAAUUAGAAUUGCGUCAGAUGCUGUCUUAAGAACACUUGCUGCCGCUGGUGGUUACUCUACGGUUGGCCAAUUCGUUGUGGCAAAUGCAGAUUACAUUGUUGACUCUCUUUGCAGACAAUUGCGCCAUCUAGACCUCAACCCCCACGUCCCUGAUAUUCUCGCUUCCAUGCUGUGUUACAUUGGUGCUUCUCGUGACAUUUUACCAUUUUUGGAAGAACCGAUGCGGGCAGUUUCUUCAGAGCUGGAGGUUCUUGGUAGGCAUGAUCAUCCCCAUCUAACUGUUCCAUUUCUGAAGGCAGUCUUUGAGAUCGCCAAGGCAUGUACUCAUGAGUCUAUUAGCUUACCAGAUGAGGUGCAAUCAUUUUCUGUGAAGGUCAGAUCAGAGCAUCAAGCAGUCGAAAGUUUGAUAGAGAAGAGAAGAGAAACCAGCGUAAUGCCUGGUACAAUGGAUGUUGAUGCCCAGCCUGAUUUUCUGAGCUUGGAAUAUUGGGAGGAUUUACUUUGCAAUCUAAAUGAUAUGAGAAAAUACAGGAGAAUAGUUGCAUCUCUUGCUGGGUCUUGCUUAUCAGCUGCCACCCCACUUCUCUCCUCAACCAAGGAAGCAGCAUGCCUUGUGGCCCUAGACAUCGUGGAGAAUGCUGUUGUAUCUAUUGCCAAGGUUGAGGAUGCAUAUAAGUGUGAAAAUGAAACCAAAGCUGUUAUCAAGGAGGCAGUCCAGCAAUUGUCCUUGGAUGAACUUCUUGAUGAUAUGGACACUGCUGAAGAUGUUGACGAGAAUAGACUACUCCCAGCUAUGAACAAACUAUGGCCAUACCUGGUUAUCUGUCUUAAGAACAAGAUCUCAAUGCCUAUUGUCAGAAGAUGCACACAAGUUUUAGGCAGAACCAUUCAAAUAUCUGGUGGUAUUUUUUUUGUACGCCGGUUUCAUAAGGAUGGAUAUAUUAUUUGGAGGUUGCUGGCCUUGUCUCCAUUCCGACGGAAAACACUGUCAUCGAUGGAUGAAAAAGCAAUUAUUUUACCAUAUAGGAAUACCUCACUUACCUCAGAGGAACCUAUGGCUGAGAUAUCCAGCCAAAAGAUUCAGAUUGCAGUCUUGGACAUGAUCACUGAAAUAUCUUCCCACAAAAGGAGUGCUAUUGCAUUGGAAAGUGUGUUGAAGAAGAUCUGUGGCCUUGUGGUAGGGAUUGCUUAUAGUGGUUUGAUAGGUCUGCGAGAAGCUGCUAUGAGGGCAUUGACUGGACUUGCCUGUAUGGAUGAUGACCUCGUGUGGCUUCUUCUGGCAGAUGUGUAUCAUUCACUGAACCAAAGGGAUAUGCCCUUGCCACCUGUUCAAGAUCUGGUGGAGUUAUGUGAUCUUUUGCCCCCUCCAAUGUCCUCAAGAGAGUACCUCUUUGUGCAGUAUGGUGGUGAGGGUGUUAGAUAUGAUAUAGAUCCUUCAUCUGUGCAUGAGGUGUUCAAAAGGAUGCAGGACACAGUUUUCAAAUGA